AUGAGUAGUCCAUGUUGUGUUGAUCCGGGUGUAAAACAAAUUUAUCAAGCACAAGGUUAUGAAAAAGAAAUUGCUGGAGUAAAUAGUUAUGUAACAGGUGAAGGAAAAUCAGCAAUAAUUAUUUUUACAGAUGUAUUUGGUAAUUCAUUCGUAAAUGUUCGAAAGCUAGCUGAUACUUUUGCUCAAUCUUGUCAAGUAACAGUUUUAAUUCCUGAUUAUUUUAAUCAAGAUUCAAUGGAUCCUGAUGAUCCUAAUUUAUGGGAUCUAUUGCCUAAUUGGUUAAAAAAACAUCCUCCAACAUAUGCAUGUAGUAUUGGAGAGAAAUUUAUUUCAACAAUUAAAUCAAAUUAUCAAUCAAUUCAAGUAAUCGGUUUUUGUUAUGGUGCUAAAGUUGUUAUUGAUUUAAUAACUCAUAAUGAAUUAUCAUCAUUAGUUAAAGCAGCUAUUGUAGCACAUCCAUCAUUUUUAGUAAAAGAAGAAGCUACGCAAAUCAAACGACCUAUUUUAUUUUUGUGUGCAGAAAACGAUUCUCUUUUUACUUCGGAUCUUCGACAAGAAUUUGAAAAAGAAUUAAAAUCGAAUGGUCUCGGAACAUUUAUUGAAUAUCCUGGCACAGUUCAUGGAUUCGUUGUUCGACCAGAUAAUACAGAACAAGUUAUACAAGAAAAAGACAAAGCCGUUCAAGAUGCUAUCGAAUUUUUUAAAAGAAACAUUUAA